AUGCACAACGCUUUGACCAUACAAGACAUCUUAAUCCGCAUUUUCUCUUUCCUACCGACAUCGGUAAACGCGACGAAUGCGCGAGUCUGCAAAACGUGGCUCGAACCAGCCCUGGACAACGUGUGGUACGAAAUCCAUGAUAUAUCAAUGGUGCUCCAAUCGUUGGCAGAAAUAUAUAUCACUGGCAAGAUUCCUUACUUCCUACGCCGCCCAACUCUUGAGGAAUGGAGAAGGUUCCUUGUCCAUUGUGGCCGUGUACACAUCUUGAAUUUCGAUGUUUGGAAAUCUUGGCGUGUUAUCUCUUCGGAUGCGUUAAACGCAAUCGCGUACACUCGACCAACUGGAUCACUGUUCACCAAUCUUCAAGUCCUGCGGGCAAAUUGUCCUGACAAAUGGCUUGGACCCAUGUUCAUGAGCUCUUCUGUGACAGAACUUGCAUUUUCUAUCACAAAACAGCCAUCGCAUCCCGAGGAGAUAGCAUGGGCUAUCGACGAGUUUGUUGCGAACAUGGCGAACAUAGCCUCUCUGAAGAUCGAGAGCUCCAUACUUUCCCCACCAGACACUGAGCCCUAUAUACUCCGCUUGCUAGAAGCAUACCCACUCUUGACCGUGCUCUAUGUCCCUUGCAUGGCUCUUCUCCCGUCAAUCGUAGAAGCCGCCUCUCGUCUGCCCAAGCUCCGAGUCCUUUGGAAUGAACUUGGAAGAGACACGGUAUACGACUCCUCGGAUCCCAUUACCUUCCCACCCACAUUGGACGGACAAUCUUUCCCGUCCUUGGAGAAGCUCUCUUUCACUGCGCAUGUGCGGGAAGCGGUUCAGCUUCUUCAAAACCCUCAUUUCCCCCCGCCGAGUCUGUCCUCGCUGUGCUUUCGUGCCAUUAUUGACACGCAUAACGCGUCAAACAACAGUUUACGCCCCUUUCUACAGGCCCUGGAUGAAAAAUCCAAAUCCAUCCAGGAAUUAGAUAUCCAUAUGCAGACCACGGUUGGUGAAGGUCUACGACGGGUCACCAUCAUAUUUCCCGACAUCGCUCCACUCCUGGCGCUGUCGAACCUGACUCGCUUGUAUCUUCACAACGACGAGCCCAUCCAAAUGACGGAUGACGAAGCGCAACAGCUUGCAGCUGGACUCCCGAGGCUGAUCCAUCUGGAUCUGACGCGGGGAUCUUCUCAACCCCCAACAUUAACUCUCCGUUGCCUCGCUCAUUUUGCACUCCAUUGCCAUGAGCUCACAAGGCUCGAACUCUCGCUGAACGCCCGUGACGACGUGCCUUCAGCGCAUGACGCAAUAUCUUUUCGUCACUUGCGCUUUCUUCACCUCGGAUCGUCACCCAUCUCGGACCCCCAGCCUGUGAUCCGGUUCUUUGCACGUUCCUUGCCCACCAAAUGUCUUCUUCUCGUCUUGCAGGACGACAUUAUAGACGAUGCAGCUGUCUAUCGACCGUCUACCGGAGAUGACCUGGAUCGCUGCUGGAAGGAAGUUCAGAAUACACUUUCGCAGGUCUUGGAGAGUACGCAGAGGUGGAUUGACGUGGAGCGUUCUCUCCGAAAUGAGAACGAAAAGUUGAGGAGGGAGAAUGAGAGAUUGAUGGAAGCGCUUGCAUCGCGUACACUCGUGUUCGGUGGCCGUUCAUUAUACAGACGGAUUUUGAAGGACGUGGUCAUGUUGGAAAUUCCCAAUUCGCGCUCAGCAAUCACUGUUACUGGCAGCCCAGAAAGAAUCACGACAUAUACCCGUUCUAGCAUGUUAUUUGAGCCCUUCGCAUUUCAAGAGUUGUGA